AAUGGUCAAUAUAUGUAUACAGAAUCUAGCAGUGAAUCGAUAUCUAAUGACGAAAGUGAUCUGUUUACUGGUGUGAUAGUACGGAGUCCAAAGCAGUGUUUGACGUUUUGGUAUCAUAUGUAUGGGAGUGAUAUCAAAACUUUGAAAGUAUUUCAGCUGAAUCGUGAACAUACCAUUGAACUGUGGAGCAAAUCAUACAACCAAGGAAACAAAUGGUAUUUUCAGUCGCUGGCAUUGAAAGAUAUAGGACCUUAUGAAAUUAAUUUUAAAGCUAUUCGUGGUGAUGGGGACAAAAGUGACAUUGCUAUUGACGACAUUUUAAUAACUAACACUGUCUGUAAGAAAGAUAUUGACUGUAACUUUGAAACAGGACAAUGCGGAUGGAAAACGGAGGAAACUGCCUAUAAAUGGACAAAUUGGCAUGACAGAACACCUUCUGAUUAUACUGGACCUGAUGUUGAUCACACUCUUGGUACCAGUGCUGGAGGGUACAUUUACCUCGAGGCUUCACGAAUAUCGAUAGGACGGAUGUCAAAUUUAACAAGUGAAACUGUAUAUCCUGAUGGUGAUGCCUGUUUUACCUUCUGGUAUUAUAUGUAUGGAAGGGAUAUGGGCACGUUAAAUGUUUAUUUUGAUUUCGAAAACGUUUCAACAAUUGCUUGGUCUAAAUCGAGAAAUAUUGCGAAGAGAUGGUUAUUGGCUUCUUUAAACAUGUAUUCAUCUAAACCAUACAAGAUUGUAUUUGAAGGUAUUCGUGGAGAGGAUUCAAAGGGUGAUAUAGCAUUGGAUGAUAUUGCACUGCUUCCUGGAUUAUGUGAAGAAGCUUUUAGUUUAGACUGUAACUUUGAAGGAGGACAAUGUUACUGGUUAACGGAUCCUGUUCCGCCAUAUAUUUGGGAAAUUUUAGCUGGAUCAACCCCAUCAGAUGGCACUGGUCCAGAUAAUGAUCACACUACUGAAUUAUCUGAUGGACAUUAUAUUUACCUCGAAGGAUCAGAUGUAGAAGAGGGAAUGAAAUCUGAGUUAACCAGUAAAACUAUCAGUACUUAUGGUGAUACCUGUUUUACUUUCUGGUAUCAUAUGUACGGAAAAGACAUUGGGACAUUAAAUGUUUACACUGAAUCAGGAAACAUAACUAAAAGACAGUGGUCCCGAUACGGAAAUCAAGGAAACGCCUGGAAUUUUGCCAAUUUUGAUAUUUCUGAAACUGAACCGUUUAAGAUUAUAUUUGAAGGGAUUCGUGGGGACAAUUUUAUGAGUGAUAUAGCAUUAGAUGACACUUUACUACGUAGGCGUUCUUGUUCAUCUUUCAUUGUGGACUGUGACUUUGAAACAGGAAAUGGUUUAUGGUCAACUGAUCCUGAUUCGGCAUAUAUUUGGAAAAUUGAAUCAGGACCAACCAUUUCAUUCGCCACAGGUCCAUAUAACGAUCACACUACUGGGUCAGCAAAUGGACAUUAUAUUUACCUUGAAGGAUCACAUGUAGAAGAGGGAAUGAUGUCGGAGUUAACCAGUAAAACUAUCAGUACUGAUGGUGAUACCUGUUUUACUUUCUGGUAUCAUAUGUACGGAAAAGACAUUGGGACAUUAAAUGUUUUCAUUGAAUCAGGAAACAUCAUUAGAAGACAGUGGUCCCGAUAUGGAAAUCAAGGAAACGCCUGGAAAUUUGCUUAUUUUACCAUUUCUAAAUCAGGAUCAUUCAGGAUUAUAUUCGAAGGGACUCGUGGAGAUGAUUCUAAGAGUGAUAUAGCUUUAGAUGACAUUUCACUACUUCAGCGUUCAUGUUCAGGUUUGAUCAAAACUUCACAGACAUGCCAUAAUAUUGAUGAAUCUAUAUCGCUUCAUGAAUGUUCAAAAUAUUAUCUGCAGCUUAACGAAACAUCUUUAGUAUUUGAUCGAGAGGUUGACCGCUGUUCAACCGUAUACCAAGAUGUCCAAACAUCAAUUACAACGUUAUGUAAAGAAAUCAACAAUUCAGACAUUUGCACAUUCAAUCUUUCGAAACUUAUUAUGGAAGACCAAAGAUGUUUUCAAUCAAACUGGCUUUCGGUCCAGUACAAAUGUGAAGUAAGUGAUACCAGUGUCACCAGUGAAUCAGCAACAGGUUUAGUUGUAGGCUUGGUUAUUGGUGGUUUACUACUGGCAUGUGUUAUAAUUUUUAUUGUUGCUCUCGUGAGAAGGCAUACAUUCAAGAGCAAUCCAAGAGAAAAAAUAAGAAACAAUCUCGGAGGAAAUGACUACAUUGGAGGUCAAGAUAUAGCUUUACCACAAACAGUUAAUCAGUCCAGCCAUUUGCAGAAUGAUGGCAUGUAUGAACAAAGCAGAAAUAAUUUUGAUCAUGAUUAUGACAGCAUACAUCCUAAUGCUCAGGUCAACAAUGUUCAACAAAAAUACACCAACAUAAGUGCAGCCAAUGGUUUUGUAAAUAAAGAAAGAGUCCAGGCACCUACAAAUGCAGUCCGUCGGGAUAAAACAUUUGCAGACGAUCACAAGUCAAAUGACGAUGAAUAUGCUAUCGUUUACCCUAUAGCCGAAACAAGUUUCAAUGAGAUUUCAGACGACGAAACCGGAACAUCACACAGUAAUGUGGUAUUAGAUCCAAACGACACGGGUAUCAAUAGAACAACAUUUUAUAACACUCCUAUAGGUUAUGAGUUUGCAAAACCUGUAAGGGAUACUGGGAACAAAAUUGCCGAUGAUGAUCAAUAUGAUUUAUCUAAUGAAGGAACCUACGAUCAUUCAGGAGAUAAUCGUCACAUAGAACUAAAGGAUAAUAUUUAUAACCAUGCCAUGGAUACUGUUUACGAUUCCGGUAGUCACAAAAGAAAUAACGAAGGGAGAGAAGACACAUAUGAUCAUUUCAUUGGACAAAAAAACUGAAGAUGAAUAUGAUAUCUCAACAACCACUUGAACUCAUGUAAUAUAUAAGUUGCAUAUGAAUUUUACAUUCAUAGUUUUUUUUCGGAUUUCAUUUACUUUAAACUUAUACUAAACGCAUACAUUAUA